UUUGAAUGAAUGAACCUGAAAUAGUGGGCAAGUCACCUGUUUCUGGGUUAUUAGUUUCCAUGACAACAACGUGAGCAAACAGGUAAAUGACUCACAAUGGGGAAUAAUCACGGUUAAAUGACCAGCUUUCAUUUCCAGUCAGGAAUGUUUUAUUGGAAGAAAACCCAGAGACAGCAAAAAAGGAGUUAAAUCUACUGACGUAAACAGCAUCCUUUAGCAGAAAGGCUCGUGCCGUUUGACCCAGACGCGUGUCUGAUGCUUUGAUUGAGGUGUGAUUCCCGCGUCCCGCAUCUUUCCGGGCUCGGCGCGGUCGCAGCCACACAUCGGUUCUGGAUGAGAGGCGGCAUUACAUCACCUCCCUUCCGGACUGGAACGAUACGGUUAAUUAUUCAGGCUACUCAGCGUGCUCGGAGACUAAAAGAACCGUUCUAAAAAAGGCCUUACACAAAAAUGUCCGGGUUUAACGGGAGCACGGGCUUUCGCUGACAGGAUAAAGAGAAGAAAAGGCGGCUCGCGUGACUGCCUCGCGCCCAUUGUGUCGAGGAUGUGAGGCAGCGCGAGAUGCCAUGGCAGCGGAUGCAGCAACUAACGGGUCGGAGCCGCCUGGUCUCUCGGCACCAAAGGCGUUUCCCUACGAGGAGUACGAGUGCAAAAUCUGCUACAACUAUUUCGACCUCGACCGUCGCGCGCCCAAGAUCUUGGAGUGUCUGCACACCUUCUGCGAGGAGUGUCUGCACGCGCUGCAGCUGUGCGAGGAGCGGCCGUGGCGCAUCAGCUGCCCCGUGUGCCGCCACCGCACGCCCGUUCCGGACUAUCGGAUCCAGAACCUGCCCAACAACACCAAGGUCACAGAGGACUUCCCUCUGUACAUCGACUCGGACCCCGUGCCUCAAGAUGCUCUGCCGCCCCACCCGCCUCCGCUGCACCCAGCGCUCGUGGCGCUCAGGCGCGAGGAGGACGCGUCCGCGGCGUCCAUGGCGGGUCACGCGACACCGUCCACCACGACGGUGUCCACCGCGACCACACUGUCCCAGGACUCAGUCUCGCGCUAUGAGAGCUGCCGCAACUGCAGGCGGCUCGCGCUGACCACCGGAUGCGUGUGCGUCAUCUUCUCCUUGCUGUCCAUGCUCGUGCUGCUCUUCAUGGGCCUCAUAUUUGUGCACAGCCACGGCGGGCCGCCCUCGCCCGCGGGGCCACUCUGUCUGUCGGUCGCGAGCAUCCUCGCCAUGGUGUCGGCGAUGGUAACGUGGCUCCUCUACUGGCUCAAAGACAGACCGGAGCACGAGACGGGCCGCUCCUCUGCCACCACUAAUGCGAGCCGGAGAAACGCGUGACAGAAGAUCUGCAUCGUACGACAAGCCCUUUCAGCUUUUAUUCCUUAAUAGGCAACCAAAUAGUUCUUUUUUAAGUUAGUAUCAGUAUCUUUUAUACUAGUAGGCAGUAUAAUUACAGUAAAUCCCAACAAUUUUCACUAAGAAAUUGCUAGUAAAUUAAUUACGCAUUGAAUUACACAUGAAAUUUUGACGUAGAAAGACUGAAAUAGUAUUUUCUUGUAAAACACUCCAAAAUUUUUUGUUUUUAUUUACAACUUUGAAAAAUAUUUUUUUUUACAGUAGGCUAUACUUACUAGUAACAUUUCUUAUCUCACUAUUACAAUUGUUUAUAUUUGUGUAAUGAUUAGUCAGAAUAGCUACAUCAAGGUCCUUUUAGUUAACGUUAGUUUAUGCAUUAACUAACCAUGAGCAAUACAUUUUUACAGUAUUUAUUAAUAUUUGUUAACAUUAGUUAAUAAAAAUGCAUCUGUUGUUAGUUCAUGCUAGCUUAGGUCCAUUAAAAAUGGUAACACUUUACAAUAAGGUUCAUUUGUAAACAAUAGAUAAUGUAUUAACUAACAUGAACUAACAAUGAGCAAUACAUAUGUUACUGUAUUUAUUAUUCUUUGUUCAUAAAA